GCAGACUGAGCAUUUUUGUCCCUCCUGGCUUUCCGUAGUCARUGGGAGGAUACAAACAUUUCUGUCCGUCUCUUUCAUCAGGCGUCCUUUUAUGACAAAAACAAUAAUUACUGGACAAUCAAGAUGUCAGGUUCUGCCGACUUCCGGUCUGUUUUUGACUUGUUCUCAAAAGAAGAGGCUUCUGAGCUGAGAGAGGUGAACCCUGUCUUGAAAGAAGCUUUAACCUCUGACCCAGCACCAGACCGUGUAGAAGACAAAGGUCCAGAUGAUGACCAGAGGAGAGAGGCCCAUUUGCACAGAGAUGUGUCAAAUAAGUUGGUUUGCUCAGCCUGCCAGUGUCCCUUUAAUAAUCGCGAGGAACAGAGAGAGCACUACAAGCUUGACUGGCAUCGGUUCAACUUAAGACAAAAGAUGUCAGGAGUGCCUCCCCUCACAGCAGAAGAGUUUGAGAAGAAGACUGGAGCAGGAGACCUGUCCAGCAUCUCGGGCUCAGAAUCUGAUUCAGAGCAGGAGGACUGGGAUAGUGACAGUGGGGCAACGAGAGGUCAUCUCACCAGCACUGAUAAUGAGAGAUCCUCUGAAUCUCGUUUAAUUUCUGGUCGACUCUCCAGCAAAGUGUUUUUUCAAAACUCUGCUGGAGAGUAUCUGAUGGUCCAUCGAUGCAUUCUGUUCAGAAAGUCCGAGGAAGAGUCUGAUCCAGUUUCCUCCUUGAAGUCCAUAAAUCAAAAGACUAUGUGGGUCAUUCUCAUGACAGGAGGAGGCCACUUUGCAGGUGCUGUGUUUGAAGGAAAACAAGUCGUCCAUCACAAGACUUUCCACCGAUACACGGUGCGCGCAAAGAGAGGCACGGCUCAGGGGCUUCGAGAUUCCCAGAACCGCASUCACAUGCCCAAAUCUGCAGGAGCGGCUCUGAGGCGGUACAACGAGGCAGCGCUCGUUAAGGAUAUUCAAGAUCUUCUGCUCUCCUGGGCAGAACACUUGAACAAAGCCUCUGCAGUCUUUGUGCGAGCCCCUAGCUACAACAAAACCAUCUUUACUGGUGGCCGUGGGGGGCCCCUUGGUAAAAACGAUCCCCGAAUCCGUCCCAUUCCUUUCSCCACGCGCAGAGCUACGUUUCGAGAGGUGCAGCGGGUACACGAGCUCCUCUCUACUGUUCACGUGUAUGGGAAGGACACAGACAUGUCUGCAGUUUGUAGUCCGUCCAAGAAGACGUGGAAAAGCAACGUCAAACCUGCAGCACAAAAGGCCUUGGAUCAGGAGGAAGGUUCAUUGCUGGCACCAGCAGAAGAAAACCAGGAAAGCUCAGACGAGGAGGGCAGGGAGGUCCAGCUGGAGAUGGUGGAGCUCAUGUUAGGAACCCUCGGCCUCAGGGAGUCUGAAAUUUAUCCCCCCAGGCACAAGAGAAGGAGGCGGAGAAAGAAGGAGAGCGCCGAACGAAAAAACGAAGAAAAGAAUAAYGAACAAGCUGAUGGCCAAGACGCAGCACCAGCAGAAGACGACGCUCAUCAACAGAUGCAAUUUUUAGAAAAGGAUAAGAGUAAAGCACGGACUAAUAAAGAAGAUGAGCUUUCUGUGUCUCUAGUUGACUCGUGUGAGUUUGGCCUGAGGGAUGAGAUGUUUACAGCAUGCAAAAUUGGAGAUGUAGGUGCUCUCUGUAGUCUCCUUCAGCUAAAUGAGGAAAUGAAGGAGAACUGUGAAGAGAUGGAGAGCAGUCCUCCUGUGUUUCCAAGUCCUUUAAGCCUCCUCAAUAAGCCCAUAGACUCAGCAGGCUUCACCUUGCUCCACGUCGCUGCAGCCGCUGCUCAAAAGGCUGUCGUCAGGCUGCUCCUCGACGCAGGAGCCGAUCCCGCCUGCAGGGAUAACAAAGGCCAGACACCGUAYGUUGUCGCCCCCGACAAAGACACAAGGAGCGUCUUUCGUAAAUACAUGGGCGAGAAUCCUGAAAAGUACGACUACAGCAAGGCACAGAUCCCCGGGCCGCUCACGGCAGAGAUUGAAUCCAAAAAGGCAGAGAAGAAAAAAGCCCAGAGGGCUCAGAGAAAACAGAAAGAGAAAGAGCAGAAGGAGGAGAAGAUGAAACGGGAGGUGGAAGAAGAAGAGAAGAGGAAGUUUGCAUCUCUGACAGACCGAGAAAAGAGAGCUUUGGCAGCAGAGAGGAGGCUGGCAGAGCAAGUAGCUGCAACAGGAGUUAGCAUCUCUGAUGUCAAGAGGUGCUGGCUUUGUGGAGAAUCUCUGCUCUCAAAAAUCCCAUUUCACUACCUGGAGUUUUCAUUCUGCUCUCCACGCUGUGUUCAAGCACAUCGAAAAGCAAACUUUCCCUCGGGCAAGACCUAGCUUUCCUUUGAAAACCCUUUAAUUAGUAGGAAGCUGCCUCUUCAAAACUACAUGAGGAUUUGGCUAUCUGUGACUGUUUAGCUUUUAUUUCAAUUUAAGUUGGAAAAAAUAUUUCUAAUUAUAUUUAUCAAAUUUUCUGACAGCUGGAUGAAAAAACUAAGUGUAAUAAAAAUCUAUAAUGUAUUUCAAUAUGUGGUGCUAUAACAAAUAAUGAAAGAAAUGAUAAUAAACUUUAUACUUUGCCAAAGGCUCAAUGACAA